GCGCAGACAGACGGACGUGGAUGGGAGCGGAGUUCAAGUUUGAAGGUAGAGUGAAUGAACAAGUGAUUUGCAGUGAGCGACUUUCACGCAUGUGCAAAGAGAUGAUUGGACUGCCAUUCGACUGUCGCUGUUUUCGGGCCCAAAGAACUUUUGGCUGGUGAUCCACAACUGGACCUCGAACGGCGACUUUAUCGAGUGCGGAGAAAAAGAUUUCUCUGCGGACUCGGGACUCCCAGCCAACUUCAAGUUGAACCCUGGCCCUGCACAUCAGCACGAAGACAGCCAGCAGAAUCCCGUGGCAGCAGUCGCCGACGCUCUCGAACGCUUUACUCUGCAACUCUCUUGGUGCUCUCCAGGCCGAAUACAAGAUUUACGUGUGGAAACCACACCGACGGUCGACUGCCACCGCGACGAUGCCUGCCCCUACAGCCCUACAGCGCGCCCCCCAGAGUCUGGCAGACGCUGCCAGUGAGUCUGUAGCAGACCACGACGCUCAGCAACCCAGCACUACUGAGGAGAAUCUCGACGUCGAGAUCAUCACUGCGCCGCAGCCGUCCGAAGCCGAUGCGGGUGCGGCCCUCGAAACCACCGGAGACACCGAUAUGCAAAUAGACGAAGAAGGACGGCCACGGUUUGCACCGGCAUCCACCACGCAAUCAGACUCGCCGUCGGGGGCGGUCCGGAUACAAUCGCGCAAAGUGCCCAUUCCUCCACACCGCAUGACGCCGUUGAAGGCCAGCUGGCCGAAAAUCUACCCUCCGCUCGUCGAACACUUGAAACUCCAGGUGCGGAUGAACAUCAAAUCGAAAGCAGUGGAACUGCGGACGUCAAAGUUUACCACGGAUUCCGGAGCUUUGCAGAAAGGAGAGGAUUUUGUCAAGGCAUUCACUCUGGGCUUUGACGUCGACGAUGCGAUCGCGCUUCUGCGGCUGGACGACCUCUACAUUGAGACAUUUGAAAUUAAGGACGUGAAGACAUUGCAGGGCGAUCAUCUGGGCCGUGCCAUUGGUCGGAUAGCGGGCAAGGAUGGAAAAACAAAAUUUGCCAUUGAGAACACGAGCAAGACGAGAGUGGUGUUGGCGGACAGCAAGAUUCAUAUCCUGGGCGGAUUCCAGAAUAUCCGAAUAGCCAGAGAAGCCGUGGUCAGUUUGAUUCUGGGUGCGCCGCCGGGCAAGGUCUAUGGCAACUUGCGGACCGUCGCGAGUCGGAUGAAGGAGAGGUUUUAGAGACAAAAAAACUAGUUAUGAUUUGCCAUGGUGGGUUGGUAUGAGGUCAAAUUCGACGGGUUCCUCGGCGUUAUGGAGUGAGAAAAGACACAGCAUUCCAAACCCCGGGAUGUGGUUUCGUCGCAGCAUUGUACGUUCUCUUACAAAGCACGAGGGAAUGUCUCCAAAUAUUAGAUGUAAGGAACUGAAGUUCUUCUGCCAGAUUGGCUGCCAUACCAUGGAUGAUUCGUUCCAUUCGCCGAGCAAUGCAUACAAGUAAAGUAUCCCAUCAGUCUCCGACCCA